AUUGCAUUUGGCAGAUGAUAAGAGUAGUUAUAGCUGACACUACAGGGGCUGAGUGAGCCUUUGAGAGAGAGAACAUCUGGAAAAGAGGAACCCACCUUCACUGCUGGAUCUAGGCAAGAUGCGUGAAAUUGUGCAUGUCCAGAUUGGCCAGUGCGGGAAUCAGAUCGGUGCUAAGUUCUGGGAAGUCAUCAGUGAUGAACACGGGAUCGACACCACAGGAAAUUAUCACGGUGAUUCACCAUUGCAGCAGGAAAGAAUUAAUGUGUAUUUCAAUGAAGCUUACUCUCACAAGUAUGUUCCUCGUGCUGUCCUGGUAGACUUGGAGCCUGGAACAAUGGACAGUGUGCGGUCCAGCAAAAUAGGUCCACUCUUUCGGCCCGAUAAUUUCAUUCAUGGAAAUUCAGGUGCUGGUAACAAUUGGGCAAAGGGUCAUUAUACCGAAGGGGCCGAAUUGAUUGAAAACGUGAUGGACAUCGUGAGGAAUGAAUCUGAAGGAUGCGACUGCCUCCAGGGCUUCCAGCUCGUCCAUUCUCUCGGAGGUGGCACAGGAUCUGGAAUGGGCACACUUCUGAUUAACAAGAUCAAAGAAGAAUAUCCUGAUAGGAUCAUGAACACUUUCAGCGUAGUGCCUUCACCCAAAGUUUCGGACACUGUGGUUGAACCGUACAAUGCCAUCUUAUCGAUCCACCAGCUGAUAGAAAACACAGAUGAAACCUUCUGCAUUGACAAUGAAGCUCUGUAUGACAUCUGCUUUAGGACACUGAAGCUCCCCACACCAAGCUAUGGAGAUCUAAACCACUUGGUGUCCCUCACCAUGAGUGGCGUCACGACCUCACUUCGCUUCCCUGGCCAACUCAAUGCAGAUUUGAGAAAGUUGGCAGUCAACAUGGUGCCUUUCCCCAGACUUCACUUCUUUAUGCCAGGAUUUGCUCCACUGACAGCUCGGGGCAGUCAACAAUACCGAGCUUUGUCAGUCCCAGAACUUACACAACAGAUGUUCGAUGCUCGGAAUAUGAUGGCAGCUUGCGAUCCACGCUUCGGGCGGUAUCUGACGGUGGCCUGCAUCUUUAGAGGCCACAUGUCUACGAGGGAAGUGGAUGAGCAGAUGUUGGCUGUGCAGACUAAAAAUAGCAGUCACUUUGUGGAAUGGAUCCCCAACAACGUUAAAGUGGCUGUUUGUGAUAUUCCUCCUCGUGGGCUAAAAAUGUCUGCCACCUUCAUAGGCAAUAACACGGCCAUUCAGCAGCUCUUCAGUCGCAUCUCUGAUCAAUUCUCAGCAAUGUUCAGAAGAAAAGCAUUUCUCCACUGGUAUACUGGUGAAGGGAUGGAUGAAAUGGAAUUUUCUGAGGCAGAAGGCAACACAAACGACUUGGUUUCCGAAUACCAGCAGUAUCAGGAUGCGAAAGCUGAUGUAGAAGAAUAUGAGGAAGUGGAGGAGGAAGUCAGGGAAGAAGAAAAGGAAGCAGCUUAAACGGAAAAGGCAAUGACUGACUUUUGGUCUUUAAAAAUAAAAAAACUUUAUUAAUAUAAUAUGCCGAUUGUUACCA